AUGCCUGACCGCGCCGAAAUGACGAGCCCCAACUCUGCUCCCGCCUCUACCCUCGGCGGCUACUUGGAGCAGACGGCCUCUGCACUCAGCUCAGUAGCUUCCUACAUGCGUCUUCCUGCAUUGGCGUCCACGGGUAUCGCUGCCGCGCUGACGUCGCUUCUCUACUUCAAGCAAAAAGCUUUGAUAUACCCAUCCCACAUGCCCCCGGACUCCCGGACAGAUGUACCGAGACCUUCCCAAUUCGGUAUUAGCGACUUCGAAGAGCUUGUCAUCCCUACCGACGAUGGUGAGAAACUCUCUGCAUUUUACAUUCGAGGGCCUCGCCAAGGCAGGAACUCCAACGUGACCGUCAUCAUGUUUCACGGAAACGCCGGCAACAUUGGUCACCGGCUUCCUAUAGCAAGAAUGCUCAUCAACUAUAUUGGCUGCAACGUCUUUAUGCUCGAGUACAGAGGCUACGGCACAUCAACUGGUGAGCCCGACGAGGCGGGAUUGAAUGUGGAUGCACAAACCGGCUUGGGAUAUUUGCGCGAAAGAGCCGAGACUCGAAACCACCGCCUCGUCAUCUAUGGUCAGAGUUUGGGCGGUGCCGUUAGCAUCCAGCUAGUGGCCAAGAACCAGGACGCUGGCGACAUUAUCGGCUUGGUGCUUGAGAAUACCUUCUUGUCCAUGAGGAAACUGAUCCCAUCCGUCAUUCCACCUGCCAAGUACCUCACGCUGCUUUGCCAUCAGGUGUGGCCCAGUGAUGCGACUCUACCAAACAUAACAAAGGUUCCAAUCCUGUUUCUCAGCGGUCUACAGGACGAAAUUGUGCCGCCCGGUCACAUGCGCCAGCUAUACGACCUUUGCAACUCCCCCCACAAGCGGUGGAAGCCACUACCAGGCGGUGACCACAACUCUAGCGUCCUCGAGGAGGGCUAUUUUGAGGCCAUUGCCGAAUUCGUUGCCGAUGUCACGAGCGAAUCAUCCAAGGAGAAGACGCUGUUAUAG